GGUGGGGGUCGAUCUCAGAUGGGAGGACAGCUGAAUUCUGGUGACUACAACAAAAACUUGAGCGUGAGACUCAUUGUCUGCUGAGGAGCGUUGAAGUUCAUCAGGUCUGAAGAACGUAAAGAAACUGUGGACAAGAAGGAGGAGGAAGAGCGGUAGGCCAGAGGAAAAGAAAGAAGAAGUAGCAGCUUAAGAGGGAGAAGGAGAUAAGAGGGGACAGAAUCGGACUAACAGAAAAUGCCCACUAACUUCACUGUGGUCCCAGUGAAAAACGGCACUGGAAAGACAAGAGAGGAAAAGGAAGAGGAAGAUGUGGAUGGGAGCAACGUGCUAAGAGAGGAAGAAGAUCCUACAGGUGAUGGUGUCCCAAAGGAAAACAGUCCCUUCAUCAACAACACAGAAAAUGACAAGAACAAUUAUGAUGGCACCAACAUGGCACUGUUUGAGGAAGAGAUGGACAGGCACCCCAUGGUGUCAUCCCUUCUUGAUAAACUGGCAAACUACACCAAUCUCUCCCAAGGAGCUCAGGAGCACGAGGAAGCUGAUGAAGAGGAGAGUACCAAGAAGAAAACUGUUAAGAGCCCUCAGAUGGGAACCUUCAUGGGUGUCUACCUCCCUUGCCUCCAGAACAUUCUGGGGGUCAUCUUGUUUUUGCGCCUUACCUGGAUUGUCGGCACCGCCGGCAUCUUGGAGUCCUUGGCGAUCGUGGGCUUGUGCUGCUCAUGCACAAUGCUAACAGCAAUAUCCAUGAGUGCUGUUGCUACCAAUGGUGUCGUACCAGCUGGAGGCUCUUACUACAUGAUCUCCAGAUCUCUGGGUCCAGAGUUCGGCGGAGCAGUCGGUCUCUGUUUCUACCUCGGAACAACCUUUGCGGGCGCCAUGUACAUCCUGGGUACCAUUGAGAUUCUGCUGACCUAUAUUGUGCCUCAAGCAGCCAUCUUUACUGCAGAGCGAAAGGAAGAUCAACACAACGCCCUGCUCAACAACAUGCGUAUCUAUGGCACGUGCUGCCUUUCGCUCAUGGCAAUAGUUGUCUUUGUCGGGGUCAGAUAUGUCAACAAACUGGCCCUGGUCUUCCUGGCUUGCGUGAUUCUCUCCAUCAUUUCCAUCUACGCCGGAGUCAUCAAGUCCAGUUUUGAUCCACCGGAUUUCCCUGUCUGCAUGUUGGGAAAUCGAACACUACAAAACCUUCAUUUUGACAAGUGUCUGAAGACGGAAAUCAUAAAUAACAACACAGUCUCCACCCAGCUGUGGCGUUUGUUCUGUGAUGGGCCUGCGCUUAAUUCCACCUGCAACGAGUAUUUUGUGAACAACAACCUGACAGUAAUUCAAGGCAUCCCUGGUCUGUCCAGUGGGGUCAUCUCAGAAAACAUGUGGUCGGCAUAUGGUCCACUUGGCAUGUUGGUUGAAAACAAGAGGCUGCCAUCCGUGGGAGAUAUUGACCCUGCUAAGGACAUCUACCUCCCCUAUGUCGUCAACGACAUCAGCACCUUCUUUACGUUGCUGGUCGGAAUCUACUUCCCCUCAGUCACUGGUAUCAUGGCCGGUUCAAACCGCUCCGGUGACCUGAGGGACGCCCAGAAGUCCAUCCCUAUUGGAACCAUCCUAGCUAUUGCCACCACCUCCUUUAUCUACGUCUCCGGUGUGAUUUUCUUUGGUGCCUGUAUCGAGGGAGUCCUACUUCGAGACAAGUUUGGAGAUUCAGUGAAAGGGAACCUUGUUAUCGGCAUCCUGUCCUGGCCGAAUCCCUGGGUGAUCGUGAUCGGCUCGUUCUUCUCCUGCUGCGGAGCGGGUCUGCAGAGCUUGACAGGCGCUCCUCGACUUCUGCAGGCUAUUGCAAGAGAUGGUAUCGUCCCUUUCCUGCAGGUGUUCGGUCAUGGGAAAGCUAACGGAGAACCCACCUGGGCUUUGCUGCUGACGACUGGGAUCUGUGAGAUCGGCAUUCUCAUCGCCUCCUUGGACGCUGUAGCUCCCAUUCUCUCCAUGUUUUUCCUCAUGUGCUACAUGUUUGUCAACCUGGCCUGCGCUGUUCAGACCCUGCUGCGAACACCCAACUGGAGGCCGCGCUUCAAAUACUAUCACUGGACCCUGUCCUUCCUGGGGAUGAGCUUGUGUCUUUCCAUCAUGUUCAUUUCAUCAUGGUAUUAUGCCAUUAUUGCCAUGGGGAUCGCUGGCUGCAUCUACAAAUAUAUCGAAUAUCGAGGAGCUGAGAAGGAAUGGGGAGAUGGCAUCCAUGGCCUGUCGCUUAACGCCGCCCGCUACGCCCUUAUUCGCCUUGAGGAAGCUCCUCCACACACCAAAAACUGGAGGCCCCAGUUAUUGGUGCUCCUGAACCUGGAUUCAGAUCAGGGUGCCAAACACCCACGUCUGCUGUCCUUAACUACUCAGCUAAAGGCAGGGAAAGGCCUGACUAUAGUGGGAAACGUUUUACAGGGAACCUACCUCAGUCACGAAGCAGAGGCCAAGAGGGCUGAGCAGAACAUCAAGUCAGCGAUGGCCACUGAGCGCACCAAGGGUUUCUGUCAUGUCGUGGUGUCUUCAAACCUCAGAGAUGGAAUCUCCCACCUCAUUCAGUCUGCCGGUUUGGGGGGCAUGAAGCACAACACGGUGCUGGUGGGCUGGCCUGGAACCUGGAGGCAGUCCGAGGACCCACAGUCAUGGAGAAACUUUAUAGAGAUAGUGCGUGAGACCACGGCAGCCCACCUGGCCAUGCUGGUCGCUAAAAACGUGGACAGUUUCCCCACUAACCAUGACCGCCUCGGGGAGGGCACCAUCGAUGUGUGGUGGGUGGUUCAUGAUGGAGGCAUGCUGAUGCUGCUGCCCUUCCUGCUGAGACAGCACAAGGUGUGGGAGAAGUGCAAGAUGCGCAUCUUCACAGUUGCCCAGAUGGAUGACAAUAGUAUCCAAAUGAAGAAAGAUCUCCAGAUGUUCCUGUACCACCUGCGGCUGGAUGCUGAAGUGGAAGUGGUGGAAAUGCAUGACAGUGACAUCUCAGCCUUCACGUAUGAGAAGACGUUGGUGAUGGAGCAGAGAUCUCAAAUGCUGAAACAGAUGCACCUCUCCAGGACUGAGAGAGAAAGAGAGAUUCAGAGUAUCACUGAUGAGUCACGUAACUCAAUCCGGAGGAAGAACCAGGGAGCUACCGAGAACUCGAGCGUCAGCCGGCAUUCCUCAACAGCGGAGGACAUUCAGGAGGAUGAGGCCCAGCUCAUCCACGACAAGAACACUGCUGCUCACGCCGUUAUGAACAACAAAGAAGAAGCCGGACCCGACCGGGUUCACAUGACCUGGACGAAGGACAAGGUCUCAACAGAGCGGAACCGGACCCGAGAGCCCAACGCCAACAUGGCCGUCCGGGACCUGUUCAACAUGAAGCCAGAGUGGGAGAGUCUGAACCAGUCGAAUGUCCGCCGCAUGCACACAGCUGUCAAGCUGAAUGAGAUUGUGGUCAACAAGUCGCAGGGAGCCCAUCUGGUUCUGCUCAACAUGCCAGGACCACCGAGGAACAGAGGAGGAGAUGAAAACUACAUGGAGUUCCUGGAGGUUCUCCUGGAGGGUCUGAACCGCGUCCUCAUGGUGCGAGGAGGUGGUCGAGAAGUCAUCACCAUCUACUCCUAAGAAUAUCGAAAAAAGAAGCGAAGCACAUAAGGGCAUAUUGCCAUGGUUACCGCUCACCAGGCAUUUGUUUUUGUUUUGUUUGUUUUUUUCUGGUUUUUUGGGAGAGAAAAAGCCCAAUUUGGUUUUUAUGAAGGGUAAAGGGGCUUACUGGGGGGCUGACUGAUGAUCUGAAAGACGUCGGUAUGAAGGAGUCGGCUGCAGGCUGUGGUGAGCGCGGCGUCUCCACGCCGACCCACAGAACCCCCGCUGAGAGGAGGAGGAGCAUCGAGACACUUUAUAUCUGUCACUUCACCCUGUUCUGUUCUGUUCAUGUGAAGCUUGUAGUUUGUUCAUGUUGUUCCUGGUGCGACCUGAUGAAGAAACCUGCACACGGGUUCAUGACGGAGAGCGGGGCCGAGGAGGAUCAGCCCGCCGCUGGGAUUUCCCUGAAGUUUUAAAGACUCAACUAGUUUUAGCUGCUUUUACAUUGUGGGUAAAUGUUGUUCCUCUGACACUCAUGUCUGCAUCCAGCCUUGUGUUCUGUCUUUCUCUAUUUAACAUGCUAAAGGACCAGCCAGUAGGAUGCUUUACAUGCACCUUUCACAUUUCCAUGAGCGCUGUUGAUUUUCUCCUUCUUUUUUCAUAGAGAAAAUAGCCAUAACUAAAGUCGAGCUGGUGCAUAUAGAAUAUCGGCAGAACUGCUUGGUUGAGAACAAAUAUAAAUAUAUAAUUAGUUAUUUUUUUAAUGAAAUAGCUGUUAGACAGCAUGCAUUCGUAUAAUAUUUAAGCUAAUUGGCUAGAAGUCAUUGAAGUGGCCCUCAGGAUUGUUUAGAAAAGCACAAGAAGUCGUGAUUCGGUGUAAAUCUCCCCAUACUGUUCUGGUUACAGCACUGUUAACUUUGCACAUCCUAUCUUUGAGCACUUAACUCACUUUUCUCUUGAUUUCUCAAGUCAACAUGAAUUGUUUUCCAACACCACUAAAUUGUUAACAAAAGCUAGAAGGCGGCAGGUGUUUAUUAGUCACAUUUCUGUGUUUUUUUGAUGCUUUAUUGAGCAGAAACCUUUGGCUCCGAGUCCUAGACUGCAUUAGAUGAAUUAUUGUACAGGAGGAAAAAGUGCCAAAAAAAAGACCACAAGGAAACUGUGGGAGUACGAUUAUUUAAUGCAGCUCUGACCGUGGCCGCACUCUGGUUUUACUCUGCUCUCUUUUUAGAUUUUAGACCAUUUUAUUUAAACCUAGAAAUUAACUACAGCAGAGCUCAAUAUUUCUACAAGGAUUUUUUUUUUUUUUUAAGGGCAUUUUCAACCCAUGUAAGGUGUGAUGCAUAGAGAAGAACCCCUCACCCUGUGUACCUCCACAGUUUCUGCUCCUGAUUAGCCAUGCAGUAUUUUGUUGAGCAGAGUCUCGUUCUCCUGAACUUCUGUGACGGCGAAUGCGACCUCUUUAUCUCAGUUCUACAUGUUACGUUGUCGUUGUGUUCAGGUGUUAAAUGUAUGCCUGUAAAACUUUCUAGUUUUUUUUUUUGCUUUGUAGUGUUUGUUACAUCACACAUGAUAUUCUGUUACUUAUAAGUGUUUAUUUACAGGUGUGAAUUUUACAAAAAGAGGAAGAGUUUGUGUGAAGACAGCAGUGACUGUCUUCUAUGCCCCCCUUUAUGUUUGUUCCAACAUGCGCAGCACAAAGAAACACAAACAUCCAGAGACUUUCUGGACUGAAGCUGUUUGGUUCUGUUUCUACAUGAAGUUGGAUGUUACUGUUUGUUCUACAUCUAUAGUAACCAAAGAUGGAAAAAAACGAUUAAAAUUAAAAAAAAACCACACACUUUGUUUUAAGAAGUUUGGAAGUUGUAAAGAUGAAUAAUAAAGAGAGGUUUUGUUCUUUGUAA